AUGAACGAGCCCUCUGCCACUCUGGGCCUCGAGCUGGGCCCCAUUCGCGGUCACGCUGGCUCCGGUCUUCUCACCAGCGAGGCUCCAGAACAAGGCACUUCAGAGUCAGAGUCUCCCGCCUCACAAGGUCUACCUCCCGAGCUUCCCAGCCUUUUUGCCGAAGUUAUCUUUGUGCUGACCUGCUCCGGCGGGCAACUCGUCUCUGCCAUACUCAUCGGCCACGUUGCCAUUACCCAGUCCAUCUUUGCCUCUGCCCUAGGCCUCCCGCCCUCCGAGAUUCCCUGGCUACUUGGCGCUUCCAUGUUGCCCUGUGGUCUGUCCGUCAUCAUUUCAGGAUCUUUGGCCGACCUACUCGCCCCAAAACCCCUCUUAGUCGGCGGGUUUCUUUGGGAGACGCUCUGGAUGGCCAUCGCCGCCGUAUCAGUCAGCCUGCGGCUCAAAGCGCUAUUCUUCUGCGCACGAGCGAUGCAGGGACUCGCUGCUGGUGUACUUGUGUCCGCAUCAAUGAGCGUGCUGGGCCGUGUGUACAAACCGGGUAUCCGUAAGACACGCGUUUUUAGUCUAAUGGCUGCCUUUUCACCCUUUGGAUACUGGUUGGGAUGUCUUCAGGCUGGAGCCUUGAGCGCCCAUCUCCCAUGGAUCUUUGGUAGCACUGCUAUUCUACUCUCUUUCAUGAGUCUUGCUGCUCAACUCACCAUCCCAGCCCUUUCUCCGGCCCAGGACAGCUCCGACUCUGAAGCGCCGUCUAUACGCCAAUUCGACUAUGUUGGCGCCGGUUUAGCCUCCAUCGGUAGCACCCUCAUCAUCUUUGGACUGACUCAGGGAUCCCCAGCUAACUGGAGUCCCUAUACGUAUUCCGCCAUCAUUGUUGGGUUUUCCAUGCUCGUGGCUUUUUACUUUGUUGAGAAGCGGGUGGCCCGCCCACUUAUACCUAACAAUCUUUGGAAGACUCCCGGAUUCGGCGCUCUUCUUAUAUCAUAUUUCCUCGGCCUCGGAGCAUAUAGCGGCGCCUGGCAAUUCUAUGCCAUUCAAUUUUGGCAGCGAUACCAGAACGCUUCGCCUCUCACCACGACCCUUUACAUCCUUCCUAAUGGCCUCGUUGGAAUUCUCGCCGCCUUUGUCGUCUCAAAGACGCUCCAUGUCGUGCCUACGCAUGUUAUCUUCACCGCUAGUAUGGUCGCCUUUGCUCUUGGCCCUGUCUUCUUCUUGCCCCAGACUCCAUCCACGAGUUAUUGGGUUCUCUCCCUGCCGGGUAUCAUUCUUGCCACGUUCGGCCCAGAUAUGAGCUUCGCGGCAGCAGCCAUCUUCAUUACGAGCAGUGUUCCCAGGAGCUACCAGGGCGCAGCAGGUAGCCUGCUAGUCACGGUACAAAACCUCACCGUGGCUAUCAUGACCAGUAUCAGCUGGGCAAUUGGAUCAAGGGUAGAGAUGCUGCCGAACGAGGAGAUUGGGCUCAAGGGUAUCAAGGCGAUUUGGUGGUUUGGGCUGGCCUCUGCGCUUACUGGCGCGCUUAUUACAGCGACAAUGGUUAGGAUCCCAAAAGCAGAAGAGAAGGAACAUGUCCAUUAA